UAAAACGAGGUGACCUUUCUCACUCAAGUAUUCCCCAGGAAAGUUGGAGAUUAACACACACACACACACACACGCCCCACAGUCUCUGCAGGAAUACUGACACACGGACACCCCCCACAGGCAAGAAGAGUGAUGGAUGGAAAUCUGAGCCCAACAAACCUGGAAUACUAUGAAGACAUGUUCAAACUCCAAUCCUAUGCUACUCUCCUGUCCUCCUUCUUGAAUGAGGAUGGCAGGCAAACUUUGGUACUUGACUCCACAAUAUUCCACCCACAAGGGGGUGGUCAACCUUCAGACAAGGGUUCCAUCUCCAAUCCACUGUUCAAGUUCAUAGUUGAGGAUGUUCGAUCCAAGGACAAAAUUGUGUAUCACUAUGGGCAUUUCGAGGACUCCAGGAAAGAUGAGAAUAUUGAGAAAGGUGCUCAAGUGUUGUUAACUGUGGAUGAAGGUAGGCGCAAGCUCAACUCAAGGCUGCAUUCAGCCGGUCACUUGCUGGAUAUCUGUGUGAGAAAUGUCGGAUGGGAUCACUUGGAGCCGGGAAAAGCAUACCACUUUCCAGAUGGGCCAUUCGUGGAAUACAAAGGCGAGGUUCCGCACAAUGAGUUGAAAAGCAAGCCAAAGGAGCUAGAAUUAGAAGCUAGCAAGUUGAUCUCAAAAGGAGGGAAAGUUUCUGUAUCCAUUUUGCCAUAUGAUAAAGCUUCUGAACUCUGUGGUGGUUCCCUCCCGGAUUAUAUACCCAAGGACAGCGCUCCUAGGAUUGUGCAGUUAGGGGAUAGCCUAGGAUGCCCCUGCGGUGGUACACACGUAAACGACAUCAGUGAGAUUUUGAACCUAAAGGUUUCACAAAUUCGGACAAGAAAAGGAGUGACAAAAGUUUCCUACAAUGUCGAAUAGUCUUAUUUACGAUGCUAUGACAGUUACACCGUCAGUUCAAUGAGGCUAAGCUUUUAAAUACGGCUUUCCUAAG